CAAAAUUUUAGAGCAAAAAUCAUGCACCAGCUAAUGAAGCAACCGCGCACGUUGGAAGACAUACUAAAUAUGGCGAAGAAGCAGGACGACCUUAAAGAAUGGAUGAAGAAAAAAAGCAAGGUGAUGACGGAGAAAUACAAGGAGGAGCUAGUGAAAAACCGCAGCUACAUAGUAGGGAGCCCCCAUACCAGUCCCAGUCGCGCGAAGAAAUCUUCCCACGGCAAAAAUAAGGGCGAGAAGUAAGUUAUCCGGCUCAUCAAAAAAUUCUUCGCUAUGUUUCGUAUAACGUGUCUUACAUGUAAAAAUCUUCCCCAUUGUUUUAGUCUAAUAAC